AAAUAAAAUAUAAUCGAAUAGGAAGCGAAGAAUUGAACGAAAAACAUUCUUUUUCAAGAAAACAAGAGAGUGUCUUGUGUUCUCUUUUUUCGGGUGUUUUUUUUCUUUCCUUUUUCCCUUUUUUUAUAAAUAAAGUUCCAACACAAUCACUCGCGGUUCAUGUAUAUAUAUAAAUAUAAGAGGAUUUACUCCGAGAUGAAUUCCGUCAUUUCAAUCUCCGCGACAGAUACUUCCUGAGCAAAGUUUUAUCAUUUGUUAUCAUUCUUUGGAAAAAUUUUUUUUCCAAUCAAAAUUUUAAAUAUAUUUGAAUUCUUCUUCUGUUUAUUUACUAUUUAAACAUUACUUAACAUUUUUUGUAGAAGCAAAAGAAAAAAUCACCAAUUUUGGUGCCACUAAUGGUACCAAAAAUGCAAUUCAAAAGAAUUAUAAUUAUUUGUUUAUUUCUAAUAUUCACGUCUCAGGUCAAGUGUAAUUCGAGUAAAAAUUUAAAGGAUGCCUGGAAGGGUUUCAGUAUGUCGUGCACGAAUGAGGAUCCACAGAAUGUCUCUGUCUCGUGUCAUGGGGUGAGAAUUGUGCGUCGUAUCGUUCAACAAUUAUUGGAGAAUACCGCGAAAAAACGGAGUAUUGAACUUUUUGAUGGCGUCACAUUGGUGAAUAUUAAUAAUAAUAAUAAUAAUAAUAAUAAUAAUGACGCGAAAUCAUCACGAAGUGCACGUCUUUUGAUGGGACCAAAGUCACUUUUACAGUUUUUCGACGGAAAGGAAUUGAGGAUAAAAUUACCGAAUUUUCUGCCCGGGAAUAUUGAGUCAGCCUUCAGGGCAAGUUUGCCCGCUGCUAAUCAAGCUCGUGGGGGUGGAGGUGGGGGUGGGGGAGGUGGUAAAAAAGGCGAUGGAGGUGUCAUGAUGAUGGCCCUGAUGAUGGGAAAAAUGAUGAUGGCUCUUGGCUUCAGUGCCCUGGGAGCUUUGGCAAUGAAGGCUCUUAUGGUCUCGUCUUUGGCUCUGAUGUUAUCACUGAUAACGGCUGUGAAAAAAUUAUCGACUAAGGAUGACAAAGACGAGCAUCACGUUGUCUAUGCUCAGGAAGUUGCCCAUCAUCGUCGCAGGCGAAAUGAUAAUAACCAUGAAUUGUCACCGUAUCGUGGUUAUCGAAAUUUAAAAUCGAAAUUAUCGUGACGAUAAUUUUUUUCCACUCGUAGCAAAUUUUUUCCUUCUGUUUUUUUUCUUCCUAUUCUUUUAUUCUUCUUCUUUUAUUUUAUUUUCUUGUUUUCCUUUCGAA